CCUGCAGUAGUCGGUAAAAAAUGGGCGGUGCCCGUACUUGUCGGAAUAGUAAAAUUUCCCCAUCAUUAAUCACAUCAAUAUUAGUAUGAUACCCGUGUUGCUCGAUUGGUUGAUAACCAUUUGACAAAUUCUGGUAUGACAAAAAAUUAGAGACACAAACAAUCCCCGAUUUAGCCGGUACGUAUUGGUUUUGUUUACCCAUAAAAAAAUAAUUAACAGGUUUCAAGAAACAAAAGCUCACAUAAUUUUCCGGGAGGGAUUUGGCGCCCAAAAAUAGCCAAACCAAUUCCUACAAUUCAUUUCAAUUCCACCGGCUGAGAAAUCAAACAGACCCAUUCUCCCCUCUCUUAUAACUGGCUAUCAUCCUCUCCCCCAUCAAUGCCACCACAUUGCUAUAAUAAGCAAGCCUUGGGCAGUCCAAGGUUUUCAGAUAUGGCUCCGUUUAUCAUGAAUUUCUUGGGCUGCCUUCUCUUCCUCCUCCUCCUCAUUGCCUCAUUCUCCUCCACCUUCUCCAAUGCCCUGACGGACUCGGAGGUCGCCUACAUCGCCCACCGUCAGCUCCUCACGUUGGAAGGGAGCGGGAAGGAUCAGAGCAACAACAACAAUGUGGCUGUGGACCCCAACCUCAAGUUCGAGAACUCGAGGAUCAAGAACGCCUACACCGCCCUCCAGGCCUGGAAGAAGGGCAUCUACUCCGACCCUUUCAACGUCACCGCCACCUGGGUGGGGACCGAUGUCUGCAAGUACACAGGCAUAUAUUGUGCCCCGGCGUUGGACGACCCCAAACUGAACGUCGUAGCCGGCAUCGAUCUCAACCACCAGGAUAUCGCCGGUUACCUGCCCCAGGAGCUCGGCCUGCUCACCGACCUGGCGCUGUUCCACCUCAACUCCAACAGGUUCUGCGGCAUCAUCCCGAUGUCGUUCUGCAACAUGUCCAUCAUGUUCGAGUUCGACGUCAGCAACAACCGCCUUGUCGGGCCCUUCCCGCGAGCCCUGCUGUGCUGGAAGGAGAUCAAGUUCGUCGACAUCCGGUUCAACAACUUCGAGGGCUGUGUCCCGCCGGAGAUCUUCAGCAGGCCGCUCGACGCCCUCUUCUUGAACAACAACCGCUUCUCCUGCUCCAUCCCGCCGUCCCUCGGAAACUCCACCGUCAGCGUCGUCACCAUGGCCUACAACAACUUCACCGGCUGCAUCCCUCACACCAUCGGGAUGAUGCCCAACGUCCAGGAGAUCAUGCUGGCCGGGAACAGCCUCGGCGGCUGCUUCCCCUCGGAGAUCGGCAACUUGAGGAACGUGACGGUGCUUGACGUAAGCGGCAGCGGGUUCGUGGGGUCCAUCCCACCCAGCUUUGCCGGGCUGAAGAGCGUCGAGAUGCUGGACAUUUCGUGCAACAGGAUGACGGGUUCGAUCCCCGACGAGAUUUGCAAGCUCCCGGCGCUGAAGAAUUUCACAUUCGCUUCCAAUUUCUUCAACGGAGCCGCCCCGGCUUGUAAAUCGAGCAAGGACGUCGUGAUCGACGACGCCAACAAUUGCUUGGCGGGUCGCCCGCUACAGAAGCCGCCUAAGGAUUGCGAUCCCAAGGUGGUGAAGCCGGUGGAUUGUAGCAAGGACGUUUGCAGCGCCGGUGGAGGACGAGCACCGCCCAACACUCAGCCCCCGACGUCUGAAGAUCCGCAUAUGCCGGCAAGCGGCGGAAUGACCCACCCUCCACCGCCGGCACCUAUUCAUUCCCCUCCACCGCCGGUUCACUCUCCACCACCACCCGCGCCUGUCCAAUCUCCGCCACCGCCUGCGCCGGUUCACUCCCCGCCUCCGCCUGUACAUUCUCCACCACCACCUGCGCCGGUUCACUCCCCGCCACCGCCUGUCCAUUCUCCCCCACCACCUGCGCCAGUUUACUCCCCACCUCCGCCUGUCCAUUCCCCGCCGCCACCUCCAGUUCAAUCUCCACCACCGCCAGUACGCUCCCCACCUCCACCGGUAGUCCAAAAGCCACCACCCAAGCCAGAGCAACCAGACGUCGUCCUUCCGCCGAACCUGGGUUACCAGUACUCCUCUCCUCCACCGCCGUUGUUCCCAGGCUAUUAAUUUUUUUUUUUAAUAGAACUAAAACACUACAGAUUGUUCUGACAACAUCAUAUGUAAAAUUCCUUUCCUUCUAAAUUUGGAGAUGGAAUUUGUUUCCCAAAUUGGCAAUACAGUGGAGGAAAAGUUACCAAUCGUUGUGUAAAAUUGUUGCCAUAUUUAUCUUUAUCAUUUGCCAUCUUCUAAGCAAUGGAAGUGAUCUAAGAGCUUAUGAAACCCUCGUCAAAAUUCAGGGCUAUAUAACAAUGGCAAGUAUAGCACAAUGUUAGGCUUGCAAUAUAGAGGAUGUGUCGUA